CAGUUGCUGUUCAUACAAGGACUCUCGUUGCGUGGUUAGACGAAUGCACAGCAUUUCAACGACAUGCACAAACUUAUUGCCAGAGUCAGCUCUUAUGCUAUUGUCUCUUCCUGCCUUGGAUUAACCCCUGACCAACACAUUCAUACACAGUGAUCAUCGGCUACCAAAUGGUCAACAAUUUUAACUCUUCUGUAUCAAAGCUAGCCUAUCGAUGCUUCUGUACUAAAGAACAUGGAAUUAUUUCAGCUAAUCACAAACAGCAAAACAAAACUAAAAGAACGUAAGGCUGUUAUUUGAAAAGGAAAAAUAUGCAAACAAGAAGAAAUUGUCUUUAUUGGGACCAUUUAUACAAGAGGAAAAAUAUAAGUGUUUUACAUAUUUCUAAAUCACAUAUAAACAAAACAAGAAGACUAUCUGAAUCACAAUAGGGAGAGAGAAAGAGAAGUGUGUGUAUAUUUCAGAGAUGUGCUUGUUUGGAGAAUAAUUUCAUCUUAGAUCAAGUGUUGAAACUAAAAUAAUUACGACGUGGAAAACUCAUUUUAAGCCAUUCAAAAACUGUUAACUUUAUUUAAACAAUGUGACCUGGUCACAGUUGGUUUGCCAAAAAUUUUGACACCAAAUAAUAAAUGUUUAAAUAUAUUUUUGAAUAGAGUGGGUCUUUAUUUUCCUUUAUGAGGGCAACAAUCUUAAUCUAUCACAUGCAAUUGCCAGUAAUCAUCUGCUCCUUGGGUGUCUUUAGUGGACUCACAUUUAGUAACCUCUCCCUCGAACAAUGCAAAUAAUAAAAAUUUGUACAAGGUGAAAAAACAAAACAUGCCAGUUAUAAUAUAAAAAACUUUAUAAAAAAAACUUCCAAAUUUCAAAAGACAAGGAAAAGAACGAAGGAUAUAUUCUGGAAGAGAUUCACAUUUUCUUUUUUAUAGCAUAAAGAUUAGUGAUUCAAUAGCUGGGUCCCUGUUGCCUUGUAAGAGUUUAACAUUUGAUUUAAAGCUUUCCCCUUGUGUCUGUUCCCUGGUCUGUAGUUUUUAUUAUGUAGAUUGAUAUGGGAUACUUGGGUUAGAGACGUGAGCAAGUAUAAAGGAACAAAAAAGGUGAAAAACCUUCGAGUCAAUGUUGAGGGAAUUGAUGUUAAAGUCUGCAGUAGAAAUGUCAUCUGAUGACAGCGAGAAUGAUGGACCCAGCAUUGAAAGUCGAGUGCGUUAUAUCAUGGAAGAUGUGAUUCCACGUGAAGGAGAUGUUGAUAUCAUGAAGUUAGCAGAAGAGACAGUGUUGAAUGCCAGGCAUAAAUCCCAUGCAAAGGCAGAAACCAUCAACAAUUCUACCACAAUGAAAGACCUUACAGAGUGUCCUAACCAGACCCCAUUGCAAUCAGCGUCUGAUGAGGGCGGAGCUGGGAAAUGCUGCAAAAAAGAGGACAUGGUUCCAUGUGAGUCAUUGACAUCACCAUCGCGUCUGCCAUCAAAAGAACCAUCCACAUCACCAUCCACAUCACCAUCACAGCCACCUCCAUCACCACCAUUACCAUCUGUGUCUCCUCCACCAUUGCCAGCAGUGGAGGAAGAACCUUUGUGUCUGGAAGAAAGCCUCACAUCUGUAUCAACUCAGUCAGAGAAAAGUCACACAUCUGUACAGACAAGAGAUACCAAUCAGUCAACAUCGAGCAUGACUGACAGCUUCGAUUCCGUCUCCCAGUCUGCCAGAUGUUGCAAAGCAGAGCAUGAAUUAGCUGCACUUGCAGUUCAGAAGAAUGAAAAAACUUCGUCAAAGACAUGCCAUAGAAACCCUUCGGUGAAGAAAAGUUUGUCAACACAAUGUACUGUAAAGGCCCAGAGCAAAACACCAAAAUCUUUGCAGAGAAAUCAAUCUCUGGAUUCCUGCAUGAGUUCUACUGACUGUCUGUCAAUUGCCAGUGUAGUUUCACCAAUGCCAAAAUAUAAUAUCUCCAGCAGGAAAAGAUUUGAAGUUGGGCAUGCUGGCCACGAGAGCCCCUGUGAUAUAUACUCCUAUCUGACACCGACGCAGCGCAAGGACCAACAAAUUAAGGAACUAAAGAACCAAAUUAAAGUAAUGGGCAAACAGAUGGAGGAAAAGGAACGAGACAUUGAACUGUUGAAGAGUGAGCGUGGCCUGGAGACAGCAAGAAUUUUUGAAGAAAGGACUGAACAGAUACAGAAAGUGCGGGAUGAGAUGAUCGAGUUACAAGUGAAGAACGAGCAGCUGGUGUUGGAUUAUUCUGAGGCACAGGAAUGCAUCAAAGAACUACAGUUGGAGAUCAAUGAAAUGAAGGAAACUGUGAAGAAGAGGGAAGAUGACCAAGAGAAGAUGUAUUUGGAGAUGUAUAAGAAAGGUCAACAGUCGGCACAGUUCGAGAGGGAGGAGGAUUUGCAAACUUUACUUACCAGAGGCGUAAAUAAUGUUGGUAUACGAGAACUAGCUCGUCGUUUGGCAUGGACUGAAUGUGAGCUGGCCAAAUGGCAAACAAUACAACGGCGCGAAGUUUAUGAGAAUGCGGACAAACCAAGUACAGAGGCAGCAGCAACAUUGCGAUUCCUCAAAGAUUCAUUCUUUCAUUACCUGACCAAUGAGAAAGAUUCUGACGACCACUUAAGGGCUAUGAUACGAAUAUUUAAUUAUACUGAAGUACAGAAAAAGAAGGUGGCAAAGAAUCUUUUAGAAGGAAAAAAACUGAGAAAAUAGCAACAGCCAUAAUACAUAAAUAGACUUUGUAAGCAUGUGUGUGUGUGUAUACAAUAUAUACAUAUACACGCACAUAUAUAUAUGUAUAUGUAUGUGUGUGUGUGUAUAUAUAUAUAUAUAUAUAUAUAUUUAUAUACAUACAUAUAUAUAUAUAUAUAUGCAUACAUAUACACACACAUGUAUACACACACACACACACACACACACUCAUAGACACAUGCAUAUAUAUGCAGAUAAAAAAAAAAGCAAUCAAAGAACUGAAAGUUUCUUUCCUUUUGAGAUUUCACUUGAAACUUGUUAACUGUUAAAUGUAAAAAUACUUCUGUAUAAAUAAAAGCCGUUACAGGAGAUGAUAACCUGGUUGUAUGUGUUGUAAAGCUGGCAAAUAAAAUUGUUGAAAAUAA